AUGAGUGCUACUUCUCCUUCCAAACCUGCCGCUUCUCCGGUCACGCCGAGCCCCAAACCCCGGGACAACGUCUAUUCUGUGGGACCAGCAACCCAACUUCUUACCAAGGAUGUUGGAGAGAUCCAUUGUAGACUGUUGGAUCACCGGCCUGUUAUCCAUGGAGAAACACGGUAUUUCAUUAGGGAGUUUGAGGAAAAGAGAGGAUAUAGAGAACUGAGAGUCCUUGAAAAUGUGAAAAACAGCAUAUCUGAAUCCAAUGAUCCUGUUCUUCCAAAAUGUGUGGAUACAAUGCAGGACCAGCUGGGGUUGGUGCUAAAAACCUUGGAAACUGCCAAUCAUACCAUCCACGGGCUCCAGCAGCGAGAGCAGGAACAUGCAAAGAGUGCUGCAGAGAAAGCUGGGAAAGAGAAACUUUGUGCAAGGUGGGAAGCAUUUCUGAAGGAGCAGGAACAAAGACGGCUGGCAGUUGAUGAAGAGCAGCGUAAAGCAGUCCAGCGUCUGAGGGAACAAUAUGCGGAGAUGAACCAAGAACUUGCCAAAAUGGCUUCCUUCUAA